AUGAACAGGGUACUGGUUAUAUUAAUACUUUUAAUAAUUGCUAGUAGUAGCAAUGGAGAAUAUCAUCCACUACUCAAAGGAUGGCCGAAGUCAUUUAUUGAUGGUACAAUGGCAUCUAUUAAGACUUCUAAAUUUGGACCAACCCUUGUUAUCAUAAGUACAAAACCGAGUAAUGGUUACGUUUUGGGAUUCCGCGUGGAUCCAGUACAAAAAUUACAUACUCUUAAUAAAGAAAUUCAGACUCUUAAAAUAUCUUAUGGUAAAAGUCCAAUCUUUGGCGUUGAAUAUACUUUCGAGUACCAGGGCGUCAUCGAACCUGAAGUAAAGGAAGAGGUCACUAAAGAAAUACAGGAUAGCAACGAUGAAAUUUCUAAUGUAUUUGGUUUAUAUUUUGCUGAUGACGGAACAAAACAACAUCAACCUAAACUUGAUUCAUAUUUAGGGCUUGCAGCUGAAGAACCCAGACCGGGAAUUUCUUUACAAAGUUUAUGGGAACUAAUACCUGGCAAUCCAUAAAAAGUGACAUUUUUUAUUUUAUUUCUUUGUUCUCAUUGACAUCAUUUGGAUCAAGUAUUAAUAUUUUCUUAUAAGUGGGAACAGAAUAAAAAAUUUAUAAUUUAUAAUAUAAA